GCGAGUCAGUCAGCAAGUUUUAAUACCCUGUUUCCUUCUGUAUUCCUUCAACGAUCCAACUAAACAAAAAAAGCAACAACAAAAAAACCGAAAAACAAAUUUAUUUAUUAUUCAAAACUUUAAAAUAGCAAUAAAAUAAAAUAAAAAUAAUAUGAAAAAAGCCAAGUCGGUUUCAACCUUUCUCUUCACUAUAAAUUCGCGUUUUCGCUUCUCUUCUCACAAUUACCUCUUUGCCGUUUCUUCUCACGUCACAUCGAAUCUACACAGAAACUAUUUUCUCCUGAAAUUUCAUCAUUUUUUCCUCAAUUUUUUUUAUUUUUAUUUUCUGGGUAAAUGGAGAAUCUCUCUCAAAUCCUCCCUCGUGUCCUCGUCGUCUCUAGACGCACCGUUCGUAAAAACAAAUUCGUCGAUUUCGUUGGUGAAUACCAUCUUGAUUUGAUAGUUCGUUAUGGAUGUGUACCAGUGAUUGUUCCACGAGUCACUGGUGUUCACAUGCUGCUUGAAAGCUUCAAGCCAAUCCAUGGUGUUCUGCUUUGCGAAGGAGAAGAUAUUGAUCCUUCUCUUUAUGAAUCUGAAAUCUCUUCUCUCUCACCAGAAGAGCUUCAAGAGAUUAGAGAAACACAUGCGAGUGAUACAGCUAUUGACAAAGAGAAAGAUUCCAUUGAGUUAGGUCUUGCUAAGCUCUGUCUCGAACAGAACAUUCCUUACUUAGGAAUCUGCAGAGGAUCACAAAUUCUGAAUGUUGCUUGUGGCGGGACUCUUUAUCUUGAUUUAGAGAAAGAGCUUACGAACAAGUUACCUGAAGAACGUAGAACUAAACAUAUUGAUUAUGAUGAUUAUGAUGGACACAGACAUGUUGUGAGGAUUGUUGAGAACAGUCCACUUCAUUCUUGGUUUAAAGACUCGUUGGAUGAAGAGAACAUGGAGAUUUUGGUUAAUAGUUACCAUCAUCAAGGUGUUAAGAGAUUGGCACAGAGGUUUGUGCCAAUGGCGUUUGCUUCUGAUGGAUUAAUGGAAGGUUUUUACGAUCCUGAUGCGUAUAAUCCUGAAGAAGGAAAGUUCAUAAUGGGUUUGCAGUUUCAUCCAGAGAGAAUGAGAGCACAUGAUCUUGAUGAGUUUGAUUAUCCUGGUUGUCCUGCUGCAUAUCAGGAAUUUGCAAAGGCGGUGAUUGCGUAUCAGAAGAAGCUGAAUAGCACAAUGUCUGUGCCAAAGACAUUGGAGCUUAAUAGAGAAAUGGAGAAUAAGAGAAAGAUACUUGUUCGAAGUUUCUCACUUGCUAAGUAUAUGUAUACUAGAGGAGCUCCUGGGAAGAACCCAUCAAAAGAAUCUGAGCUAGAAGUUGGAGCUGAGUUUCUGGAGUCGAACACCGCGCUAAGUGCGGAGCAAGAGAUGAGGCUGAAGGAGAUGGGAGCGACGGUGAGGAACGGAGGAUCAUAUAUGAAAAAGUUGAAAGUAGAUGAAGAGAAGCAGAAGAUGUCGAGGAACAUGAUGAACAAGAUGAACUUAGAGCAACUGUCGGAGCUUAUGGCGUUUUAUCAUUUGAUGGGAAAUAUAUGUGGAGAAGUUUUGGAGAGAAAGCUUCAUGGCAAUGUCAGUGAAUGCCUCAAGGAUCUGUGAGUGCUCACAUGAAAUGCAAGAGUAUGCUUUAAGAAAAAGGCGACUUUGUGAUUUGCUUUAUUUUUUCUUUUCUUUUUUGUUUAAAAAGAUGGAAAAAAGGGUAAAGUGCAUGUGUGAUCCAUUUUGAUGGACCUAAUAACAGUCAUAGGUUACAUGAUGAUUUGCCAACAAAUUUGAUUUUAGUAAAUUUUACUUAAGUAAUUAUAGAUGUUGAUGUAAACGUUUUGUGAAACUACCUCAUUUAUUAUGAACUGUGACUCUGUGAGAUUAAGGAUACUAUUUGGAAUUAAACUGCAUUGUUGGGAUUCGAU